AGCCACUUCUUAUAUUUUUCAGGCAUAACUCGUCGUUUGAUUCUCUACAACAAUUCUUUAGGGUUUAUUGAUUGUGCAAAGAGGAAGAGAGCGAUCUCAAAUCGACUUUAAUGGCGGACGACGAUUACAACGAAGUCGAUGAUCUGGGUUAUGAGGACGAGCCAGUGGAGCCUGAAAUAGAAGAAGGAAUUGAGGAAGAUGCUGAUAUGAAGGAGAACGAGGAUAUCAACGGCGAGCCUCUUGAAACAGAUGAUAAGGUCGAAGCCGAGCCCGUACAGCGUCCACGUAAAACGUCCAAGUUUAUGACUAAGUAUGAACGUGCACGUAUCCUCGGUACUCGCGCUCUGCAAAUUAGCAUGAAUGCUCCUGUCAUGGUCGAGCUAGAGGGUGAGACUGAUCCUCUUGAGAUUGCUAUGAAGGAGCUUAGGCAAAGGAAGAUACCAUUCACUAUUAGACGCUAUCUGCCUGAUGGGAGUUUUGAGGAAUGGGGAGUGGAUGAAUUGAUCGUUGAAGACUCAUGGAAGCGUCAAGUUGGUGGUGAUUGAUAAUUUGGUUUACAUGUAUUUUGCAAGCCGAACGAUGAUACGUGCUUUUGAAACUUGGUCAAAUUUUAGGUGUGUAACGUCUACUUCCGGUUCAGUUUUUGGUCCGUAAAUGUUGCAAACCAGAAUCCUCUCGAGCUGAUAUCAAUGGUUUUCCAAUUCGGUUCA